CGGCUUAAUGAUGCAGCUAUGGAAGGUGACACAGCGUCCCUGUGCCAAUUGCUUGACGAAGAUGCACUGAUUCUAGACAGAGUCAGGGUUGGCCCUGUUGCAGAAAAUCCUCUGCACAUAGCAUCGUUGCUUGGGCAUCUUGACUUUGCUAAAGAAAUCUUGAGACGAAAGCCGGAGUUGGCUCGUGAGCGGAACUCCGAAGGAGCCUCACCUCUACACUUAGCUUCUGCUAAAGGGUAUGUCGAGCUUGUCCAAGAGCUGUUGAAGGUCAACUCCGACGUUUGCUUUCUCUCCGAUCAGGAAGGAAGAAUUCCUCUUCAUAUAGCAGCAGUAAAAGGCCAUCUAGGAGUGAUAAACGAGUUAAUUAACGCCAUGCCUGAGUCAGCACAUGUGAAGACGGAUGGAGGAGAAACGAUUCUGCACCUGUGCUUACAAUAUAAUCAGUUUGAAGCGUUUAAGCUGCUGUUACAAAGUGUGGAGAAUAAAGACUACUUCCUCAAGUCCAAGGACAACCGUGGUAGCUAGUGAUACUAACAGAAGAGGAAUUUAAAAGUGCAGAGUAUAAAAUUCUUGCUGACGGAGCCCACCAGUUCCGGUGUGGAAGUCAAUGCAAUGAACUUGAAUGGUGCCACUGCGCUGGAUACUUUGAUACAAAGUCCGGCAAAACUAUGUGACAUGGAAAUUGGAGAGAUCCUUCGAGAUGCCGGAGGCUUAAGGUCCAGGGAUAUCUCUCAGUCACCCAAUAAUCAGAUUCUGACCCCGGCAAGUAACCGGACGGCACUGCCUCGUGCACAGAGCGAACGGGAAGAGGAAGACCAUCGCUGGUUAAAUGAGUAUUCAAAUACACUGAUGGUGGUGGCCAUAUUGAUAGCAACCGUAACAUUUGAAGCUGGAAACAACCAUUACAAGUGUACGACCCAUAAUACCACCCCUAAUUGCAUCGACGCGGAUAGGUAUUAUAUGUUCGUUUACGUGGACACUCUUGGGUUUCUAUCAUCUCUCACCAUAAUCGUGCUGAUACUUGUCGGAUUUCCUUUCCGACGGAGGUAUCGGAUAAGGGUUUUGACAGCGGUCAUGAUGAUCGCAAUCACUUCAGUGGCUUUGAUUUUCUUGAUGUUUCAGUUGCAGACAGACUUUCGAACUUCUCUUAUAAUUUCUUGGCUGACAUUCAUGGGCAUGCUCAUGGUGCGGCAGUUGGUUCGGUUUGUUAAAUGGACAAGAGGGAAACCCCAAUGGAGGUAUAUGAUGCGGCAUUUGAUCAAGAUCACAGUUAUCGCUGUUUCAGCGGCCGUCAUGGGUCUAUUUUUUCAAUGGGUAGGAUUAGUAAGCAUGCUUGCAUUUUGGGAGUCAGUUAGGUUUGCUCGGUGGUUGCUUGAGAAGCGUGGAUUGGUUAGCAGGAGAACAAGGGGAGAAGAAGAAGAAGCAAAUGAACGUCUUUCCCAAUGGAGGUAUUUCAUGGAGAUCACGGUUAUAGUUGGCGUAAUGGUUGUCUUUAAGAAAUAUUUUGGAUUAAUAAUCAUGCCUGCAUGGUGGUUGUUGCUUCGGUUUGUAAAAUGGAAAAGAGGGAAACUCCGAUAUAUGAUGACGCCGCAUUUGAUCAGGAACGUGGUUAUCGUUGUUACAAUGGCCAUCUUUGGAGCAAUCUUAGGAGCAAUUUUAUAUUGGUUUGAAUUAAUAAGCAUGUCUAACUUGUCUGCAUUGUGGAUUGUUGUCUUUUUUGUGUAUGCUUUAUUGUGGCUCUGUGUUGGGUUUGCUGUAUUGUUAUCUCAGAACAGUGGAUUAGUUGACAGGACAACAAGUGGGGAAGGAGAUGAGAGAAACCCAGCAAUCGAGAUGUUUGAAACUUUGAUGCUAGUCUAGAAGUUUUUACACUUUAGAGUUUAGACCACAUCGGUUGUAUACAACUAUUUCCUUCUGUAAUUUUCCUUGUUACUUUAUUGGAUUUAGAAGCUAAAGUCCGGACAGAUUACAACA